UUCAUAUUUUUCUGUUCUAGGUAUAGGAAAGGUUUUGAAGUACAUCCUAAUGAAUAUGCUGGGAUAAAUUUAUCAACUCUACUCGUAAUAUCAGGUGAAACAAUGGAAAUGAGUCAGGAACUCAAGAAAAUAGGGUUUACUUUAAAUCACUUGAUUGGUCAGAAGGGGGGUUUUGAAUCUCUCGCUGAUUACUGGGAUGUAGCAACAUUCUUUGAGAUGAGUGUACUUGGUGAAAACUAUGCAAAAGUGUCUCAAGCUGCCAUGUGUAUGUUUAGAUUGAAUCCUCCAAAUUGGUACCUAAAGUCUACCAUUGGCAAUAUUAAGCUAAUUAGCAAGUUUCGGAAAUCAGAACCAGAUCCAAGUAAUUACUCAAAAUCUGAAAUGACGCAAUUUCAUUUCUGGAUGGAAUUUUUUGUUGAUGCAGUGGAAGAAGUUGUAACUUUUGUUCAAUUUCCGUGUUUAGUCCUGGAACCAAACAGAGUAUUUCUACCCAGCUAUAUACAAGUUAACAACAAUGACGAAAGAAAGAAUGUGCAUUUGUGGAAUAUCAAGGACCAGGAUGGUAAACAAGGUGGUGAAUGGACUUUUGAAGUGGACACAAUUAAAAAAAUUAGUCUCUACAAAAGAGAUUCACGAGCAAUACUUUUGUAUGUUCAGAAUUCUGAUGAUUUUCACAUAUAUUUUUCAUCUGCAGUACAGGCCACUCGGUUUUAUAAUCUAAUGUGUGAAAUGGUAGACAAUGAAAAUCAAGUUACUGAUACUGAGGAACCUGAUGGCUGUUAUGAGUAUGAAUAUGAUGAUAAAAACCGCAAGAUCGUGCUCGGUCGAGGUUCAUUUGGUGUGGUUUAUGCUGCUCGAAACAGAAAUACUCAAGUUAGGAUAGCUGUGAAAGAAGUCCCUGAGAAGAAUUUAGAAGAAGUUCAACCACUCCAUGAAGAGAUAAAGUUACACUCCCAUCUGAGUCACAAAAAUAUUGUUAAAUACCUUGGUUCUGUUAGUGAAGAUGGUUUUUUUAAGAUUUUCAUGGAGCAAGUCCCUGGAGGCAGUCUAUCUCAGCUUUUGCGAUCCAAGUGGGGUCCUUUGAAAGAUGCUGAGACAACCAUAGUUUUCUACACCAAACAAAUACUAGAGGGCUUGAAAUAUUUGCAUGACAAUAAAAUUGUUCAUCGUGACAUUAAAGGUGACAAUGUCUUGGUGAAUACCUACAGUGGUGUCUUGAAGAUAUCUGACUUUGGGACAUCAAAACGGUUAGCAGGAAUCAAUCGCAAUGCAAACACAUUAGCUGGCACAAUGCAAUAUAUGGCUCCAGAGGUGAUUGACAAAGGUGUGCGAGGUUAUGGUCCACCUGCAGAUGUAUGGUCCUUUGGUUGUACUGUUAUUGAAAUGGCAACUGGAAAACUGCCUUUUAAUGAGCUUGGUGUUCCACAAGCAGCCAUGUUCAAGGUUGGUUUCUAUAAAAUCCAUCCAGAAAUACCAGAAAGUAUGUCAGAUCAAGCAAAACUAUUCAUUGGGAGGUGCUUUGUAGCAGAUCCUGAGAAACGUGCCACCUGUGAUGAACUACGUAAACACCAAUUCUUGGUGACAUCUAAGAAAAAGAAAUCAACUUCGGAAGUUGACUAUAACCGCAGUACAUCAGUCUUGGGUAUAAGUAGGGUGAGGUCAUUAGAUUCUGCCCAUGAAGGUAAGAAAUCUUCAGCAUGACAUAUAUGGUAUAUCCAAAAUAUCUUGGAAUCUAG